AUAUAUAUGUAUAUUUAUAUAUAUUAAUUUUUAACGUAACUUUUAAAUUUGUAAGUAAUUACAAAUUUACUAUUGUUGAAAUUUUUUUAAGUCGGAUAUAAUUGAAAUAAUUAUAAAAGUGUUUAUAAUUUUAUGGAUGUUUCUUGUACAUCAGUUUCAAUAUGGAAAUAGACCCUGAUCCUGAACUAAAAUCAGAUUUUACAUCCUACUUGGAACAUAUAUCCCAAAGAAAAAAAAGACCUAAAAAUGUUGCAUUGAUUGAACAUAAUUACUCAUCAACCGAGUAUCAUCAAGACAAUUUAUGCUCCACUAUAAAAACAUUAUUCAUACAUAAUAAAUUUUUACAAAAUGAAAAUGUAUCAGAUGAAAUUGAUGUAGAAAUUAUUGACAAUGAGGUAAAACUACUUACUUAUCGACCAGAAAUUGAAUCUAAAUCUAUGGAACCAUAUCGGAAUAAUAAAAUCCCUCGAGAUCCUGAGGCUUGGGAAGAUACUAUUAACAAAUUGAGAUGGACGAAAAUGCAAAGAAAUUUGUUUGAAAGGACUAUGAAUAUUUUGUAUGCAAAUAGACUAUCAAGAUUAACAUUUGAAGAAACAGCGCAAGAAGAUGUACAGAAAAUUAUAUCAACUGAAAAAUCGGUAGCUGAAAUGCAUCAUUUAUUGACUAACUAUACCUAUUGGGAUCCAUCAUUAACACAAUGGUUGCAUGGAAUUUUUAUUUCUCAUUUACCUGAUGAUUAUCUUGCUUCAUACAUUGAUAUUUUAGAAAAAUUAAAACAAAUUGUUCCUACAUUUAUUAAUGAUAUGAUAUCAACCAAUACUCAAGGACGAUCUAAAGAAGAUAUAAAGUAUAAACCAAUACAUUUAGAUGAACCUGUAGAUCCUUUCAAUUACAUGUUAACUACUUAUCCUCCACUCAAAUUACCCAAAGAUCCUGUUAUAAUUUUAGUGCCUGAAUUUCCUGGUUAUUUAGUUCAACCAAAUACUAGAAGUCAUGAUUGGAUGAAUGCUUUAUCAUAUUUAGCUGAGUUAGUUGUAGCUUUAACUGCAAAAGUUCCAUGGGACUAUGAGGAUUAUUCUCGUCAAGAAGAAAUAGAUAUUGAAACUGGUUUAGAUGCCAUGGUAGAUGCUACACGAAGUAAAAUUGUUAGUCUGAGAGCUGAAGAUCCUAAUAGGCCUAUCAUUCUAGCUGGUGUUGGAGUUAGUGCAGCUAUUGCCUGUCAAGUUGCUGUUCUUGAAAAGGUUGAAGGUAUAGUAUGUAUUGGUUUUAUUGUAAAUUCAUCUGAAGUAAAAAGAGGAUACGAAGGUGAUUGUAUUCUUGGUCUAGAAUAUCCUACUGUAUUUAUAACUGGUCAAUUAAGUAUAUUUUCUCCGGUAUUGGAUCUAGAAGAACUAAGGGUAAAAUUAAAAUGUAAAACAAGUCAUAUUUUAGUAGGCGGAGCUGAUGAUGACUUAAUUGUGAAUCAUUCUACAAAAAUGAGAGAGGCUAUUACUCAAAAAUUAGUUGAUAGAUGUAUUUUGGAAGAAGUUGGGAAUUUUCUUAAAGAAGUUUUAGAACCAAUGCCAAAAAUAAUUCGUAAACCUGAAGUUGAAAAAAAUAAUUUCAAGAAACCUUUAUUAUCAAAAAGAAAACUAUACAGUCGUGGGCACAAAGGAAAUCAAAAGUUGUUGUUAAAAAUCAAUGAUCAGAGUUCUAAAAAAAAUACUUUUAACCGUAAAAUAAAUAUUCCAUGUACCUCAUUAAAAACAAAUAUAUUAGAACAUAUGACUAAAGAUGAAGAACUAAUGCCUCCUCCUUCAUCAACGGGCAUUCAGGAUCAUUGUUUUAAUUCUGAAAAUUCUAUUGUAGAUAGCAACCAAACUGAAAUGUCUAUUCCAAAACUGGGUAAUCAAAAAUUUUCUACUUUGGCAGAGUUAUUACAGGAACAAACCAAUAGUAAUAUCAAUGUUUCUCAAACAAAUGAAUCAUUAGAAUCAUCUUUGAACGGAUCACCUUUAUUAAUAACUCAAGAUUCUAAAGGCAUAAUGGUAUGCAAUUCAAAUUUCCAGUUGCAACAAAUUCAACCUACUACUGUAAUGGAAAUUACCGCAGAUCAAAUAUUAGACAUGCCUAUAGUAUUUGCUGAUGAAAGUCUUGAUGAAGCUAAAACAGCUGUGUCUAAGGAGAAUUCAUUAGUUGAAACAAGUAGUAAUAAUCAAAAAAUGAUUGUUAAAGAAGAACCUAUGGAUGAUGAUGAAGACUUGGAAGUAAUGUGUUCAAGCCCAACAUCUAGAACUGCUGCAAUUCCUGAACGUUUAAAUAUUAAACAAGUAGCAUAUGAUUCACCAUCCAAAGUUAAAUUAGUAGUAAAUAAGGCACCAAGAACUCUAGUUCCGAGUGGUUACCAAACAUUUUCUGUUCCCAGUCAAAAGUCUGGUAGUAUACAAUUUGUUAAUAGGUUAUCACCAAUGCCAUCCAAAGUUCGAAAAAUUGAAAGUAAUGCUACAUCAAAAAUAGCACCAAAAACUGUUUCCAUUCGACAUAUUCAAGAUGGUAAACUUAAAGUGGUUAAAACUAAUAGUGGACAACAUGUACAAAUCAACAAAAUGAAAACAAUGGCAACAACACAAAAAUUUAGAAAAAUAUUAUAGAAAAAUACAAACAAAAUAUUAAUGUAUUUAUAACAAUUAUACUAUGAAAUUAGAUACAUUUAACAUUAAACUAUUCAAUAGUUUAAGAAAAUAAUAAAUAUAUAUAUAUAUAUA